CUAGGGGCAGCGUGACCCGCCCGGGUGGAGAGAGGAUGCUUAACUCCUUAGGCUCUCCUCUCCUGCUUCUCUCUCCCGUCCUCCUUCGGACAUCCAGGGCUCCGUUCUCCCAGAUCCGGGCUGUCUCUGCCCACCUUUCUCCUCCUGGCCGAAGCCCCUGCGGAUCCAUUCCUGUCGGGAUUUGGGGUCCCACCAGCCUUGAGCAGCUGAGGGUUAAGGGGGCGGGGCCGAUGCAUUUUUGGGGAGUGAGCGCAUCCUAGCGGUUGCCAAGAGGGGCGUCCGGCGGGGACCUCGGGAAGCCCCCCGGGCUGGGGCAACAGGUGUUCCGGAGAUUAAGGAUCCGGUCUUGCUCCUUGGACCCUUCUUAAAGAAGCCGAUCCACCCAGAGAGUAGGGUGGAGAGGGGUCGACGAGAGAAUAAGGUCGAGUAGAAAGUGAAAACAGAAAUCUGCACGACCAGAAGGCGUGUCUGUGUGGAUGGGAUGGGGACACCGGGGGAGGGGCUGGGCCGCUGCUCCCAUGCCCUGAUCCGGGGGGUCCCAGAGAGCCUGGCAUCAGGGGACAGUGCCGGGGCCGGCCUUCCAGCGCUGGACCUGGCCAAAGCUCAAAGAGAGCACGGGGUGCUGGGUGGUAAACUGAGGCAGCGACUGGGCCUGCAGCUGCUGGAACUGCCUCCAGAGGAGUCGCUGCCUCUGGGACCACUGCUUGGUGACACAGCCGUGAUCCAAGGGGACACAGCCCUAAUCACGAGGCCCUGGAGCCCAGCCAGGAGGCCAGAGGUGGAUGGGGUCCGCAAAGCCCUCCAGGACCUAGGGCUCCGAAUUGUGGAGAUGGGGGACGAAAACGCCACCCUGGAUGGCACCGAUGUUCUCUUCACCGGCCGGGAGUUUUUUGUAGGCCUCUCCAAGUGGACCAAUCACCGAGGAGCUGAAAUAGUAGCAGAUACCUUUCGGGACUUUGCAGUCUCCACCGUACCCGUCUCGGGCCCGUCCCAUCUGCGCGGCCUCUGUGGCAUGGGAGGCCCCCGCACCGUGGUGGCCGGCAGCAGCGAAGCAGCACAGAAGGCAGUCCGGGCAAUGGCAGCGCUGACAGAUCACCCAUACGCCUCGCUGACCCUUCCAGAUGACGCGGCUGCUGACUGUCUCUUUCUACGACCUGGGAUGCCAGGCACACCUCCUUUUCUCUUGCACCGUGGAGGUGGGGACCUUCCCAACAGCCAGGAGGCACUGCAGAAGCUCUCUGAUGUUACCCUGGUACCUGUGUCAUGCUCAGAACUGGAGAAGGCUGGAGCUGGGCUCAGCUCCCUCUGCCUGGUGCUCAGCACACGCCCCCACAGCUGAGGGCCCAGCCUCGGAGUAGAGCAGGGGGGAGGAAGUUAGAUAGAGGACCGUGAGUAGGUGGGAGAAAUCCAAGAUGGGGGGUAGGGCAGCAAGUGUGGGGGAAAGGAUGGGGCCACUGGGUGAGUCCUCUCGCUCUCAGAAUCAAUAAACUAGAAUUGGCCUUUUAGACUGGGCUGUGGCUGGUGUCUUACUCGGGGGCAAAGGGCAAGAAGAAAACCUGAGGCUGGGGUCAGUGGCAGGAAGGGAAGCCUCCUUCAUUCACAAAGCCCGCACUGGGUACUGACUGACUCAUGACCCCACCCUGUCACAGGUG